CAGAGCUGGGAUCCCAGACAGUCAGAGAGCAGAGAGCCAGAAGUCCUCAGCUCUGCCUGCUACUGGGAAGAUGAAGGUCUUCGUGGGUGUUCUCCCCUUCCUCAUUCUUGCUACUGCCCUUGGAUCCCAGGUCCAGGUCCCUCGUGAACCCGUGGUGGCGAAACUCCGACAAGAACCCUCAAUAAGUAUGCACAUUAACGGUUUACACCGUCCUGCUGAUUGCUGCUCCAGCUACACACAACGAAUUCGAUGUGCAAACAUGAAAGAUUUUUUUAAAACAAGCAGUUCUUGCUCCCGGCCAGGUGUCAUCUUCCUCACCAAGAAGGAGCGGCGUAUCUGUGCUGACCCCCAUGUCUUGGAAGUUCAGAAUUGCAUGAGGUCCCUGAAUAACCUAAUGAUGCUGACGGGAGAAAGAGGAGGCUUUCUUGAGAAGAAAUGGUACUAGGGGCCAGCUACCCCACAUCCACUUGUCUUGCCCCAACUCCCUCCUGGGAUUUUCUUGGCCUGAAUUAUUUUUCAAAAAGCAACAACUACCAUUCUUUCUGUUCUGGUUAUAAAAGCCAUGCAUGAAUAAAGGGUAUCUGAUAUAACUUUC